UUAUCACGAAAGGCCGUGGUUUUGCCACUAUUGGUUGGAUUUAGCUAACUCGAACACUGCAAAAUUUAUUUACUUAAACUCACUGCCAUAAGAGCGUCUAAUUGCAGUUAUACUUCAAGAGCCAUAUUAUUCAUAUUACCACCAUCUCACUCAUACUUGCUCAUAACUACGAGCCGCUUUAACCUAAAUUUGCAUUUUGCCAGUUUGGAAGGAAGUGAUAGCUGAAUAAUAGUAUCCCGUAGGUGCGGCAAGGAAGGCCCAGCCUCCACAAAUAAACUCCGGACGGGGUAAAACAAACCUCUUGCUUUAUAAAAGCAAAAAGAAGGAAAGGGGGGGUUAUUUGAAACAAGAAGAAGAAAAAAAAAGAAAAUGAAGGGCCUCACCCUACCAGCCUCGCCGCCCUCCUUCGUGCACAGGAAGGAGAGGAUACUGGCGCAGCUGGCGGUGCCGGAACAAGAGUACACGGACGCCUCGCCGAAGGGAUCGGUGGAUGUGGGGAUCAGGGAGCUGAUUGACGAGAUUAACGGCGUGGAGGGGUUCGUCACGACGAGUAGCUGCGCGGGGAGGGUGAGUGUGUUUCGCGAGGGGAGGAGGAAGGGUACUGGUGUCGGAGCCGGAGCUGGAGCCGGAGUUGGCGAUGGGGAAGAGGGGCUGGAGCAGGGAAAUGGGGAUAGGGAUGGGGUGGCAGAGGGAGAGGGAGAGGGGAGGAAGUUGGCGGGGGUAGGGGGUAAGGGUGGAGGCGGGAAUUGGUUGUUCGUUUCUCAUGAUCCGGUUCCGCUCGAAGGGGACGGGGAGCCGGAGCGGGAUUUAGAGACAUUAUUGGGUCUUAAGGGAAUUCGUGAGACGGAGAACCAGGAGGUUGGUGAUGGACAGGGAGACGGUGCUUUAAGGGAUGUGACGGCUACAAGGCUGGUUCACUUAAAGUUUGAACCUAUGAUUCUCCACGUCCUAACCGCAUCCCCUGAACAUGCUCAGUUGCUUCUACGAUGCGGCUUGCAGGCUGGGUUUAGAGAAAGCGGCGCCGUUAGUUUGACUGCGCCGGCGGGAGAGCAGCACGCCACCCCGAUGGUUGCCAUUCGGUCUAUGGGCCUCUCGUUUGAGUCCUUGAUCGGUCAUCAGUCUGGCGACGGCGGUGAUAAGAUCCAUUGUACCGUAUCGUCAGCCUAUUUGCGGACGCUUAUCCGUAUAGGCAACGAGCGAUUUGUCGAGAACACCAAGAGGAUCGAGAGAUUCCGUGCGGCUCUCGCGGAGGCAACGAAGCCUUCUAACAAGAACGAAGAGGCGUGGGAAGACGCCGAAAGCCGGAGACGGAGGAAGAGGGAGGAAGGGUUGAGGAGGAGAGAGAUGUUAGAGAAAAGUAAAUGUGACGAUGCUAAAGUUAUAGAUGUAGAGGAUGAAGUCCUAGAUAUACCUCUAGAUGUAAAUCUCACGUAAAUCAGUCUUCACGCACAAAUCAAUUUACAGAAUUGGGUGUUCAUCCAUCAUCUAUACAGCUCUUUAUCCCGAGCGCUCCUGUAAUGCUAUGCCGUAGGUAGUGUAGUGUCGAGUAUUGUUACAACAGAGUUAUCUACUCUCUAGAAGCCCGUCUCUCCUUUUUUCUCUAGGUAAUCCGGCCCCCCUCUCUCCCCCCCUCUUGACAGUCGUAAACACAGAUAUUCCGCAUUAUAGGUAUCAUCGUAUCGGCACCAGAACGAAUAACGCUCACGAAACGACCUUGUCGACCCACCCCUUCUCCAGCCUCCGGACCUCCUCCUUGAAGGCCUCGACCUCCUUCCAGCAGUCGAGCGGGCGCCGGUCGUGCUCCAUCAGGCACUUGACGACCUCGCCGCGCGCCAGCUCCACGCUCUCGGGCACGGGCCGCAACUGCUUCCGCUUGUCGAGCCGGGCCCGCAGCGCCUCGACCUCCUUCGACACGGCCUGCCGGCUGCGCUGCUGGUCCGCCGCCUCGUCCUUGGCGUCCGGGACGGCGGAGGCGAUCUUCUCCUGCGCCGCCUUCAGGAGCGCGCUUUCUUGCGCUUCGAGCUUUCGGAGUUCGGAGGCUACGCGCGCUUGCACGGCGAGCUCGAGGGAUUGGGCGCGGGAGGUGUCUGUCUGGUGGCGGGUGUGAGUAUUU